UCUAUAUAAAGCUACAACCUCAAGACCAAAGAUGUAACCCAAAACCCAAAAUGGCUAAUCAAAAUUAUGGCCUUAAACAUCCCUCAAUUGCAGCAAUCAUAGUACCCUUUCCAAUGCAAGGGCACCUCAAUGAGUCUCUCCAUCUUUCCAUUCUUAUAGCAUCAUAUGGUAUACCGGUUCAUUUUAUCGGAUCCAUAGCACACAAUCGCCAAGCCAAGCUACGUCUCCAUGGUUGGGACCCGAAAAAUACAAGUAAAAUGCACUUUCAUAACUUACAACUACCUUCUUUAAGCUCAAAUCCUCCCAAACUCAAUGCCUAUACUAAAUUCCCUGGGCACCUCCAACCACUUUUCGAUGCUUCUUUACAGCUUCGUAAACCUGUGUUUCAACUUCUACAAGAACUCUCAGCUAAGUAUCGAAGGAUCAUCAUUGUUCAUGAUACUUUGAUGGCUUCAGUUGUUCAAGAUGUAACACUAAUCCCAAAUGCAGAGUCAUAUGCUCUGCAUAGUGUCUCUGCCUUCACCAUCUUCUUCUACAUUUGGGAGUCAAUAACCAAGAAACCUUUCCAACUAGAUUGCGAUAUCCCAAACGACAAAAUCCCCUCGAGUGAAGGGUGCUUUACACCCGAGUUUGAAGACUUUGUAUCCAAGCAAUACAAAGUUUUAAACUUCGAGAGUGGAAGACUCUAUAACCCAUGUAGACAGAUUGAAGGUAGAUAUAUGGACUUACUAGAAAAGCUACCGACAAAUGCUAACAAAAAGCAAUUUGCAAUAGGACCUUUGCAUCCGGUGGAGAUAAAAAGCGGAUGCAGCAACAGCAGACAUAGAUGCCUCGAGUGGCUGGACAAACAAGAGAAAAAUUCUGUGAUAUAUGUGUCAUUUGGAACGAGCAUAUCGAUGACAGAAGAGCAGAUCAGUGAGUUGGCUGUUGGAUUGGAAAGAAGUAGGCAGAAGUUUUUAUGGGUUGUUAGAAGUGCUGACGGAGUAGAUAUUGCUGCAGAAAAUGAUGUGAGAAGGCCUCGGCUGCCAAAAGGUUACGAAGACAGGGUACUGGACAGGGGAAUGGUAGUAAAAGACUGGGCACCUCAGCUUGAAGUUCUUGCACACCCAUCAAUAGGCGGGUUCAUGAGUCACUGUGGUUGGAACUCGUGUAUGGAGAGCAUCAGCGCGGGAGUACCAAUAGCAGCAUGUCCUAUGCAUUCUGACCAGCCAAAAAACAGCAUUUUGAUAACAGAAGUCUUAAAGAUUGGCUUAUUAGUCAGGGAUUGGGAACAAAGAGCUAAGGGAGUAACAUCAACCUCUGUAGAGAGUGCAGUAAGACGAUUGAUGACAUCAAAGGAAGGAGAAGAGAUGAGGAAAAGGGCAAUGAAGCUAGGUGGUGCAGUCCGAGGAUCAGUUGCAGAUGGUGGAAGUUCUUGCUUAGAAAUGGAUUCUUUCAUUGCUCACAUCUGUAGAUGAUAAUCUUUCUCAUCAAAUUACACAAGAAGGGAUAAAAGCCGAUACAUGAACACUGAUUCUCUUAGUAAACUUGUCUUGUGGAUUGAAUACUAUUUUAUUGAUAAAUUGCAAUGCAGUUUUGCACGAAA